AUGAUCCGGACCAGGAACGUCUCAACGCAAGGCAGGUUCAGCUGUCCAGAUGAAGCGCCACAUUCAGGAUAUCGGCUGGUGGAGGAAAGAUGGGGGGGGGGGGAGAAGGGAAAGGGCCCGCUAAAUUCAUUAGCGAGAAGCUCCCGACCCAGUACAGAUCAAGCAAUCAGCAAGUAUCGACGGUAUAAGGCGACCUGGACCGGUGCAGCGACCAAGACCGAGUGGAGAAAGAAGUCGUUGGACGGGAUGAAUAUAAAAAUGAAAGUGAUCGUCUGGAGUACCGCAGAUCCAGUUCGAACUCUCACAGUUUCCGGGUCCCGACCCGAUGGGCGACUCAGGAACGAGAAUCGUCUGGCGCCCCAGUGUGGCGGUGUUCUCGGCGAUCAAGUGUGGCGCUAG